AUGACUGACGCCAAGCCACUGCCUUUCGUGUACCAAUUUGCGGCCGGUGCCGUAGCAGGCAUUUCGGAGAUCCUUGUCAUGUAUCCGCUGGAUGUGGUCAAGACGAGAAUGCAAUUGCAAGUUUCUGGAGGUAGCGGACCUCAAUAUAACGGAGUGGUCGAUUGUUUGAAACAAAUUGUGGCGAAGGACGGAUUUUCGAGGCUCUACAAAGGUAUUUCGUCGCCCGUGGUGAUGGAGGCUCCGAAGAGAGCAACUAAAUUCGCGUGCAACGAUGAAUUCCAGAAAAUAUACAAGCGGGAAUUUGGCGUUGAGAAGUUGACGCAGGGUCUCAGUAUUUUGAGUGGUGCAUCCGCCGGUUGUUGUGAAGCGUUUGUCGUAGUCCCAUUCGAAUUGGUUAAGAUCCGCUUGCAAGACGCAUCGUCGACUUACGCGGGCCCCAUCGAUGUGGUUCGCAAAAUCAUCCAAAAGGAAGGUGUCUUGGCAAUGUACAAUGGGCUAGAAUCGACACUGUGGAGACACGGUGUGUGGAACGCGGGUUAUUUCGGGAUUAUCUUCCAAGUGCGUAGCUUACUGCCCGAAGCCAAGACCAAAUCCAAGCAGACCGCCAACGAUCUGCUCGCGGGUACCAUCGGCGGAACCAUUGGGUCGCUGAUGAGCACUCCGUUUGACGUCGUGAAGUCCAGAGUCCAAAACACGGCGGUCGUCGCGGGGCAGGCUCGGAAAUACAACUGGAGUUGGCCCUCGCUUUUCACCAUUUACAACGAAGAAGGAUUUCGCGCUUUGUACAAGGGUUUCGUACCUAAAGUACUCAGACUCGGACCCGGAGGUGGUAUUUUACUUGUUGUUUUCACCGGCGUCAUGGACUUUUUCAGAUCUGUCCACUACAAAGAUUGA